UCCUCCGUAAUUUCUUCUUUCCAUUUUCAAGUUCUAUAAAAAACCUAUUUUGUAUUUUUACGUUUUUGCCUGCCGAAAAGCCGAAGUUGGAAGGGAGUAAAGCGUUUUGAGUGAAAUGAUAUUAUUACACUUACGAUGCUAUCCUGCUUAUCCUACACCACCUAAAUUGAGCCAAGAGCUUAGCAAAAACCCAACUACAUAUCCAUCUUCAAGUGUUCUUCUCUGUUCCUCGGAAUGCAAACUCAAGCUAAGCUCCAAAGCUUCUUUCCAGUGUUCUUGCACCGAAAAGGAGAACACCCAUGAAGCCUCUUCUCAGGGCUUCUCGGCACUGUCAACAGAUAUUCCAUGGGAUAGUGGGAGUAUAUGGAGCACCAUGGCUUUUUAUAUGUUUAUUUUGCACAUUCCUUUGAGUUUUGGAGGGUUGUCUGUGGUUGCUAAGAUUUUGCGUGAACCUCAUCUUGAUCCACAGACUGAAAUAUUAUCACUGCUUGCAGUUCAAAUUCUAGAGCUCAUUGGGACUCUGUUUCUACUACAGUGGACUGCUAAGCCACAAUAUAAGUUUAUAAACUUCUUUAAAGCUAACAAGUUAUCGAAAGAGCGGAACUGGUUGUUGGCAGCAGUACUAGGAUGUGGGUUUCUGUUUCUGUUGGUUUUCAUUACAUCAAUCCUUGCCGACAGAUUGAUUGGGCCCAAGGCUGUGAACAACCCUGUAUUGAAGGAGAUCCUCCUAAGCAGCAACAUUUCAAAAGCAACUUGUUUCCUUGUUUACUGUAUUACAACUCCCCUUUUGGAAGAAGCUGUUUACAGAGGGUUUCUGUUGAGAUCAAUUUCAGCCACAAUGAAAUGGCAGCGAGCAAUCUUCAUAAGCUCAGUCAUCUUUAGUGCAGCUCACUUUUCCGCUCAAGGAUUCUUCAAACCCAAGAUUUUCUUCUACUCAUUAGUUUUUUAUAUUCCUUUUAUAUAGAUCAAAUGUGAUAACAAGAGAGGCUUUCUACAUUGCCCCUAUACUUUUAUGUAUGUAAUAUACACUACAUAUGCAUUACUAUUUUCCUAGUAAUGUAUGUAAUAUAGGUAUCUAGCUAUCAGUAUUAUUUGUUUGGCUACAUAAUAACGGCAUGCAAGAAAGACAAGAAAAGAAAAGAAAAAGACAGCAGUUAAUAGAUUCUCUUAGGAACAAAGCCCAGAGAGAGCCUCUUUUUUUAUUUUUUCCCCAGGAGAGAGAGCCUUUUUGAUAGGGCAGGAAAAGGCUCGUCUAAUGCUACUGUAUGAUUAGAAUUCUUUGGAUCUAUGAAUCCACCAUAGCUUGGACGGAGAGCUUUACCAAUAUCAUAGUCAAUUUGGAUUGUGGACCCUCCUAGUGCCUUGAUUAGCACCUCGUGAAAUUCUAAGAUCACUAUUGAAUCCCCCAAGUACUGCAACAUGAAUCAAUUUUUGUAAUCUUAAGCAUAUACUUCCUGUGAGCUGAAUUUUUCGCAAGUG